UACUUGGUGAAAGGUGAAAAAGACAAAUAUAUAAAUACCAUCCCAAAACAAAUAAAAAGCUUCCAAUAUUUGGAAUAUAGCGAAUUACAAUAUUGCCCUUUCUCAACUAUCGUUUUCCAAGAUAUACUCUCGAGGAACAACAUCCCACACAUACAUACACAUACAUGUACAUGAACACACAUAUCUCUCUCUUACCUGUUUUUAAUUUUCCUGGAUUUAGUUUUAUUCCUUUUUUCUCUUCUGCCUUUGCUUCACAACACACAUACCUCUCUCUCUCUCUCUCUCUCUCUCUCUCUGCGUCUUACUUUGAGCAUGUUUGUUUCUUCAAGAAGAUCAUUACUCAACUUCUCUCUCUCUUCUUCUACUUCUUAUAAGCUUCUCUUCAACUUCAUCUCUUUCACUUUCUCCUUUCUUUGCGAGAUAUAGAGAGAGAAAGAGAACAAAAAAAAAUCAAAUCUUUCAGACACCCUUUUGACUUCUUUGCCCAAAGAAUCCCUCUGCUUUCUUUUUCUCUUCUCCUUAGAGAAAAUCAUUUUAAAUUCCGAAGCAAAUUAAACCCUCAAGAGAAAAAACAAAAGAAUAGUCAUCAUCAUCAUCAUCAACUUCAGUGGCAGCAAUAGCAAGAGAGGUUUCUUUAAUUAUGUCCAUGGAAGGAGUUUUUCUAGAGAAAACCAAAUCAAACACAACUACUACUCUCCCUGAUCUAUCUCUCCACAUCAGUCUCCCAGAUAUUCAUCAAUACCAUCACAAUGAAUCUUCCAAAGAAUCUUCAAGAAGAUCGUCCCAACCCGAACACAACAACCGAUCAUCGAACUUUGAACUCUCUUUAUCUCAUCAUAACCACCCAACCACAAGAAUCUUCCAUUGUCCUGAUCGAAGAACCCUUAAUCUUCCUCAUCAGCAGCAUUACUACAACCCUAUCAUUAAUGGUGGAAGUCUUCAUCAUCAAAGGGUCGAUGAAUCCGAGAUUAGUGAUCUCCACCGUCCAAUUAGAGGCAUCCCGGUCUAUCACAACCGUUCAUUCCCUUUCCACCAACAAAACUCUCCUUCUUCUUCUUUACCUUCUCUUGGAGGAGGAGACUUGGAUCAAAUCUCAAUCUUAAACUCAUCUUCCGGCUAUAACAACGCUUACCGAUCAUUACAAUCUUCCCCGAGGCUCAAAGGUGUUCCUUUGCAUCAUCAUCAUCAUCAUAAUCACUAUGGAUCAGUCGUUGGAUCUUCAGAUUCGUCUUCUCCUCAUCAUCACAACCAUCAUCAUCAUCAUCAUGGGAUGAUCAGAUCAAGAUUCUUGCCUAAGAUGCCGACAAAACGGAGCAUGAGAGCUCCAAGGAUGCGUUGGACAAGUAGCCUCCACGCGCGGUUUGUUCACGCUGUUGAGCUUCUAGGCGGUCAUGAAAGAGCAACUCCAAAGUCGGUUCUUGAGCUCAUGGAUGUAAAAGACUUAACUUUAGCUCAUGUGAAGAGCCAUUUGCAGAUGUAUCGAACUGUUAAGACCACUAACAAGCCUGCUGCUUCAUCUGAUGGGUCAGGCGAAGAAGAAAUGGGCAUAAAUGGAAACGAAGUUCAUCAUCAUCAAUCAUCGACGGAUCAAAGGGCACAAUCUGAUGAUACUUCUCUUCAUCAAGAAAUUGACAUUUCUUCCACACAACCUCGUUGGAGUAACUCUUCACGAGAGACAUGGCCAUCAAGUAAUAACUGCUCAAGCGACAUAGAUACAAUGAUCAGAACUUCAUCAACAUCGAUGAUCUCUCACUAUCAAAGAUCCAGCCUUCAAAAUCAGCAGGAGCAAAGGUCGAAUGAUCAAGCAAAGAGGUGUGGAGAUCUUAGUUGUAACAAUCCAAGUUUGGAGUUUACAUUAGGCAGACCAGAUUGGCACGAGAAAUGACUUUCUUGAUCGAUUUGGUUUUUAAUAUUUAUAUUGGCUUUUUUUGUUCUCUCUCUCCCUCUCUUUAUAUAUAUAUAUAUAUAUAUAUAUAUACUCAGAAGCAUGUAUGCAGUAUAUAUCCAUGUGAAGAUGAAAUUCUCAGCGUAAAAGAAAAAGAACACGUAGAGAGUCAAGCUGUUCAAGAGUGUUGAUUUUUGCACAGAGAGAGAGAGAGAGAGAGAGAUAAUCACUACCACAAGGAAGAAAUUUGGAGGUUCUUCUUCUCAAGUUCCAUUGAUGAUUUGAUUAUAAAGUGGAUGAUCAAUGUAUGAGUUUUUGUUUUGGGGGUUUUUUGUUUUCUGAGGUUGAUCUGGUGUGAUCAUAAGUUAUAUAAGAUCAUCAAAAUUUGGUGAAAGUUUGGAUUUUUUUUGAAAGCCUCUUGGUGGGCUAGAGGGUUUCAAGUGUCUGUUGGUUUUUGGCAGCUGGAAAUGUAGAGAGAGCGAGAGAUCUGAAUUGAGAUUUCAUAUGUAUACU